AACAGAAUGGCCAAAAGAGUAGCCAUCAUUGGAGCUGGGGCGAGUGGUCUUACAGCCAUUAAAUGCUGUUUGGAUGAGGGUCUUCAGCCAACAUGUUUUGAGAGAAAUGAGGAUAUAGGGGGGCUAUGGAGAUUCCAGGAACAUGUCACUGAAGGCCACAGCAGCAUUUACAAAUCAUUGACUACAAAUAGUUCAAAGGAGUUGAUGAGUUUUAGUGAUUUUCCUUUUCCCGAGGAAUACUCAAACUAUGUGCAUCAUAGUAAAAUGAUGGAGUACUUUAGGAUGUAUGCAAAGCAGUUUGAUUUGAUUAAGUACAUACAUUUCAAGGCUCAAGUCUGUCAUUUAAGGAAACACACAGAUUUCCCCAUCACUGGACAGUGGGAAAUUGUAACAGAAAUGAACCAGAGGCAGGAAUCAGCUGUCUUUGAUGCUGUUCUACUUUGCACAGGCCUCCAUGCACAACCUUAUUUUCCUCUGAAUUCAUUUCUAGGUGUUGAGAAAUUUAAGGGGGAAAUCAUUCACAGUUCAGCAUAUAAGAAUCCUGAAAAAUACCAGGACCAACAAAUCCUCAUCAUAGGCAUGGGAAAUUCUGGAAUAGAAAUUGCUAUUGACCUCAGCCAUAUCACAAAGCAGGUCUUUCUGAGUACUAGAACUGGUGCUUGGGUGAUCAACCGAGUCUCUGAUGGUGGGUAUCCUUUUGAUGUAGUGCAUUUUACACAUUUCAAAAAUCUCCUUUUCCAUAAACUUCCUGUGGCGCUGAUAAACCAAUGGGGAGAGAAGAAGCUGAAUAUGAAAUUUAACCAUGAGAACUAUGGUGUAAAGCCCCAGCACAGGUUCCUAAGUAAGAGCCCAAUUAUGGGCGAUGAUCUACCAAAUGCUAUAAUUGCUGGCAGGGUGCUAAUGAAACCACAUGUGAAGAAGUUCACUGAAAGAGGUGUGAUCUUUGAAGAUGGUAGUACAGAAGAAAAUAUUGAUGUGGUAAUAUUUGCUACAGGAUACAAGUUCUCCUUUCCCUACACUCAGGACACUAUCCUCAGGACCCAAACAAAUCAACUCUCACUAUAUAAAUAUGUUUUCCCACCACACUUGGAAAAGCACACAUUAGCUGUGAUUGGCUUCAUCAAACCUAUAGGAGCCACUAUGCCUAUAUCUGAGCUCCAAGUUCGCUGGGCCACAAGAAUCUUCAAAGGCCUGAGCAAGUUACCUUCAGAAAAUGACAUGAUGACUGAUAUUGUUAAGAAGACCAAAUACAAUGAAAAAUGGUAUACAGCUAGUCACAUCAAUUCCUUAAUAGUGCAGUAUAUUGAUUACAUGGAUGAACUGGCUUCCAUAUUAGGAGUGAAGCCCAAGGUGCUGAGUCUUCUUCUGACCGAUCCAAAGCUGGCCUGGGAAGUAUAUUUUGGACCUUGUUCAGCUACUCAGUUUCGCCUGACCGGUCCUGGAAAGUGGGAGGGAGCCAGAAACACCAUCUUGACCCAGAGAGAAAGGAUUAUCAAGCCUACAAAGACACGACCUCUGCAGUCUUCUACCAACACUAAAGUAACUCUGGUUUCUUCUUUCUUCAUUAAAGCACUCAUCUGUUUGGGACUUCUUACUAUUGUCUUAACUUAUCUGUAAUUUGAACUUGCAGCAGUCUGAAAACUGCUUCUUCUCCUACAAAUGAACUUGUUUUGAGUGGUAUUUUCCCUACAUGAUAGAAGAAUUAUAAACAGUAUAUAUCUAUGAUCUGAAAGGUUGCCUUGUUUUCUACUUCUUGUAUCUGGUACAUAUUAGUUAUGGCAAACCAGGACAUUAUCCCUGAUAAA